GUGUGGAGAAGAGGAGCUCAGGGCAGACCUCAUUGCACUGUACAACCUCCUGAAGGGAGGCUGUGGUGCAAAAGGGUCUGGCCUCUUCUCCCAGGCAAAUAGUAGGACCCGAGGAAAUGGCCAGAAGUUGUACCAGAGGAGGUUUAGGUUGGAUAUUAGGAGAAACUUUUUCUCUCAAAGGGUGGUCAGGCACUGCAAUGGCUGCCCAGGGAGGUGGUGGAGUCGCCGUCCCUGGUGGUGUUCAAAAGGCGCCUGGAUGAGGAGCUAUGAGAGAUGGUUCAGUGCUUGUGGUACUGAUAGGAAUGGGAGGGGGGUUGGACCAGAUGAUCUUGCAGGUUGUUUCCAACCUUGUGGGCGUCAGCAGCGCCCUUCUUGGAGAAUGACUUCAAAGUACGACAUGCCUGGAGGAGUUGUGCACCUGAAAAGAACCGGUUUCUUGGUACUGCCUCAGUAGCAGUCGACACCCAACUGUUCCCCACAGGGGCACUGCCACGAGGAACCAGACCUCCUUUCUGAGCAGGAUUCCUGCCCGUUGGCACUAGGGGAGUAAUUCCCAGCCUGGCCCCUGGGCAUGGUGAGCGUGAGGCUGCUGCUCUGUCAGUCUCUGAUACCUCCUGUUCUACAGCAUGGCAGUGCUGUUUCUGUACCUCGUGCUCUGGCUCUUUGCUGGCUUGGCCCAGUCCUUCUGACCUGCACUGCCUCUGUUGCUUUGUUGUUCUCAGUCACUGCUAUCCUAGACCUUAUCCUUCUUUAACUCUAUUUUGGCACAAUUCACCACAGUCUUUCUGCCCUUUGUUCUUGCCCUGCUUCAACCCUGCUGAGCUGAGACUCCUUACUGCCCUGUUGGGGCUGUCUGCUCUGCUGCUGCCCUGGACUGCCCAGCCUGGCACCGUGAUGCUCGUGUUUCCUUUCUUGUCUGUCUGUUCUCUGAACAGCUGCUUCUAACUGCAUGGCUGGGUGUGAGCUCACACCUGUGAGUGCUGUGGGCACAUUUGUUGUGCUGUAAUGCUUCUGCCCUUCAUCACCUGCAGUGGAGGGCUGUUAAAACAAAGUCAUGCUCUCGUAUGUUCCUUUCCAAGGAGUGGCCUUUUCCUCCUCAGGCCCAUCGAUUCUGGACCUUAUUGUGAACAUGCAGCCACUGAAGCUGCCUGACUGUACCCUGAGUCUGUGGGGUCAGUCAUUCUCCUGUCUGCAGCACUGACAGCCUGUCAGGGUAGCCAGUAGUUGCUGUGGAAAUGCCAGGAAGGUCGAGAGCCUUUAGAGGUACUUUUUUGAAGCAUGAAAGCAGGCUGGUUGGUCAGCAGCUCCCAGACUGGGCUGCUUUCCCCAGAGUUACUGGAGAUGUCCUAUGGCAGAAAUAGAACCGAGAGCAUUCAUGUGAGAUUCAUGAGCAUCCCCAUCUUCUUGGUUAGACCAGGCCUAUUCCAGGGAUGUCUUCCAAACUUUACCAUGUUGUGAUUCUUAGCACGUAAGCCUCAACAUGUCGACACAUUACAGGGAAGUAUACUUCACCUUAUCUCCAACCUGCUCAGUCACAAGCUGGCUGCAGACUGACAGCUGAACAGCUUACAAGCUAUCCAGGUGUGGUGCAGUGCCUGGGCAGAAGUACCUUACAGGCAACAUGGAUGUGCAGGGAGGGCUUUAGUCACUGUCAGUUGCAUCCUUCCUUUCAAGUUGUGCUGCUUAUGAAGUAUCACAUGGGUUGGUCUGUUCUAGAAAGCUUUUAUUUAUAUUGUAUACUUCUUUUCUAUCACUCAGUAUUUUGUUUUCUCUUUUCAGAGCUGGAUCCAAAUGUGUCCUCCACCUGCUGUCUCAGAGCUACUCCUGCUUCAGGUCAAUUAGAAUGUCUGCUGCUCAUUCAUCAUGAUACAAUAUCUGGAUUCCUGCCCCGUCCUGCUGUGGAUAAGGUUGUUGCUCCCUCUUGGUCUGCACACAUGUGACUGUAGGUGUUCGCCGUCUGCCUAGUCUGGCACAGCGACCUGGGAUGCCAUCAGGAGCUCGAAUGCCCCACCAGGGGGCUCCCAUGGGUCCCCCAGGCCCUCCAUAUGUUGGAAGCCCCUCGGUGAGACCUGGGAUGCCCCAGACUGUGAUGGAAACAACGAGAAAACGUACUGCACCACAGCAGGUCCAACAGCAGCAGGUGCAGCAGCAAGUGCAGCAGCAGCAGCAAGCUACUCAGAACCGAACCAGGAGUGCCAAGAGGAGGAAGAUGGCUGACAAAAUUCUCCCUCAGAGGAUCCGGGAGCUGGUUCCUGAGUCCCAGGCCUACAUGGAUCUGUUGGCUUUUGAACGCAAACUGGACCAGACCAUUAUGCGGAAGCGCGUGGAUAUUCAGGAAGCGCUGAAGAGGCCAAUGAAGCAAAAGCGGAAGCUGAGACUUUAUAUCUCCAACACAUUUAAUCCUGCAAAAUCUGACGCUGACGACUCCGACGGCAGCAUCGCAUCGUGGGAGCUUCGAGUGGAGGGGAAGCUCCUGGAUGACCUCAGCAAACAGAAACGGAAGUUUUCAUCUUUUUUUAAGAGUUUAGUCAUUGAACUGGACAAAGAUCUCUACGGACCUGACAACCAUCUUGUGGAGUGGCACAGAACUCCCACAACUCAGGAGACUGAUGGCUUCCAGGUGAAAAGACCUGGUGAUGUCAGUGUGCGGUGCACGCUACUCCUCAUGUUGGAUUACCAGCCUCCGCAGUUCAAACUGGACCCACGGCUGGCCCGUUUGCUGGGGAUACACACGCAGACCCGAUCAGCUAUCAUCCAGGCUCUGUGGCAGUACAUCAAAACAAAUAAGCUGCAAGAUUCCCAUGAUAAGGAAUACAUUAACUGUGACAAGUACUUCCAGCAGAUUUUUGACUGCCCACGGCUAAAGUUUUCUGAAAUCCCUCAGAGACUGACUAACUUGCUGCUGCCACCAGAUCCUAUCGUAAUAAACCAUAUCAUCAGUGUUGACCCCAAUGAUCAGAAGAAGACGGCUUGUUAUGACAUAGAUGUAGAAGUUGAAGACCCAUUAAAGGGACAGAUGAGUAGUUUUCUUCUCUCAACAGCUAACCAACAGGAGAUUACAGCAUUGGACAACAAGAUUCAUGAGACAAUCGAAUCCAUAAAUCAGCUAAAAAUACAACGUGACUUCAUGCUGAGUUUCUCCAAAGAUCCCAAAGGAUACAUCCAAGACCUUCUCCGGUCCCAAAGUAGGGAUCUUAAGGUGAUGACUGAUGUAGUUGGAAAUCCAGAAGAAGAACGCAGAGCUGAAUUUUAUCAUGAGCCAUGGUCUCAAGAGGCUGUGAGCAGAUAUUUCUACUGCAAGAUUCAGCAGCGCCGACAGGAACUGGAACAGUCUCUGGGAGUGCGCAACACAUAAGCAUUGCUCAGAACAUCACUUUGGCAUCAUGACCACAGAACAAGUGGACUCCCCAGUGUUACUUAGCUCACUGUUACACAUGGACCUGCUUCCUGACUGGCUGGGAAUGUACCAUCAACAAACCAGCCAGAACGCCAGCUUUAGAGUGACCCUUGAAAACAGCGCCCACGGGAGGUGUCUCAAAUCAUUCCAGGCCAUAGAUAGCAGAAGAUUGCCAUGCUUUGUACAGGUGUCAGUGCUAAAGAAGAUUAAAGAUUAAUUCAUCGACUUGCAUCAUUGAGUUCUAGUGGAAAGUUCAGACACUACGCAGCAAAUCCUUAUGGGCUGUGCAUAGAAUCACGGAUGGUAUUGAUGGGAGAAAUUGAGUUGAGUGUUAUGAAAGACUACAGAUUUAGAGAAAUAAAGGUAACUUUCAUCGUGUGUUACCUAAGAGUCUCAAAUAGUAACUUCUCUGGAAUGAGACCAGAUAGUCUGAUAGUUGUGGAAUGCUUUAUAUUCCUGAAUAGAACUUUCAUUACAGUGCAAGGAGCCAUCAUGCUAUGUAAAAUAAUAAACUAGGAGAGUUUUCAUUCCUGAGAUGAAAAGCUCUUCUGGACAUUUAUUUUGCAAACUGUAACACGCUUCGUUUCCCUGCCAGUGCAAUGAAAGGCAAACAGGUUUCUGUAUCACAUGAGUAUGAUCAGUGUGCCAUACUGAGAGGAAGAAAUUUUUUCCAGAAUGAAAGCCUCUUAAGCAUUCUCAAGUGUCAGUGGGUUAGUGAAGCAGAAGUUGAAGCAAGAAAUAAGGCAACCUAAGAAAAUGCAAAUAACUAAUGGUGCUUUGCUGAUACCUGCCUUGAACACAGCAGAUAUUAACAAUAAGCCUAUGGGCAGAACAGGAGAUGACUUCAGCAUUUCUUUCUUUGUGUGCCACUGGACAUCGAGACUGUAAAGAAGUUCUCUAAUUGUUAAGUUGGUUCAGAAUCCAAAAAACUUAACUUCAUGUAAUGUGGCAGUUUUCUCUUUGCUUCACUUAACAGAAUCCCUGGAUUGUCAUUCAGUCAUAGGUAAUCUGCCUUUUCCUACGGAUCAUUCGGUUCUCCCAUUCACUCUGCGUCGGUUACAUAGGAUGCUGUUGAAUUAUGAAGCACUAUCAGCCUUAGAAACCCCAUGGAAACCACCUUCUUUGCAAAUACGUGACAAAUUCAGACAAUGGGAAUUACACCAGAUUGACUUGGGAGCAGAGACACCUUCAUUAAAUCCUUCCCGGUCCUGCUUUCUGUAGUGCAUAAAUUAGUUUGUCAUUAACGAACCAACAUGAUUUCUGGUCCAAAAAGCAGCUGCCAAAGUAUAACUGGGUCCUGAUGAUGUAGCACUCCAUAUCCUCUUCUAGGCUGCUCCUCUUCAUCUCCUUUCUUUCACUUUCUUGAAAUGAAAGUUCACGUGUGCAAGGAAUGGAGGCAGCUCUUUUAAGUAUUUAAUUCUGCUAUGCUAAAGUCCUCUUCUGCUGUCGUUGCCAAUUCUUUCAGAUUUGAAUGUAAACGUUUCUUCUGUCCAGUUACAGAAGACACAAGUCUUCCCUCUCAGUGCUUCGUUGAACACAUCUGCUUACAUGUUUCCAGUGCCAUAGCUUUCACUGCCCGUUGUGACCAGAGGUGUCUCAGAAAAUUCACGCUUGAUUGCAGUCAUUUGUUGGCAGUAACACUGUGGAAAAACGUUGGUGUGAGAAAAAGCACAGCUGCACCUCUUUGCCCAAGGCCUUUUCCUGGGAAUGGCUUGGUUUGGAUUUAUUUUAUUUUAUUUUAUUUUAUUUUAUUUUAUUUUAUUUUAUUUUAUUUUAGUUAAAAACCCUUUUUACACUAAAACCUGAAAUCCAGCAGUCUUAAACUGAGUCUUGGUAGGGGCUGAGAGGUUGUCAGACAGUUAAUGACUUUAAAUCUUAUUUGCUGUAGGACUCUGCUAAUUGCACUACAAGCGAAAAUUGUGAAGGAAAACAGCGAGGAUCAUCUGUUACUGUGCUUCCAUAUCUGUUACGCUGCUGUGUCAGUUGUGUGCAUGCUGUCCAGUGUAAAAUUAUUUUCUGUAUGUGGAAAACAGAGCAGCUACAUUCAGGGGAUGCAUUUGAUCUCCAGGAAUAAUAAAUUCAGAAAAAGAUAAGAAGGGAUGUGAGAAGGGCAUGAAGCUGGGAUAGGUGCCAUCUGCCAGGGGCUUUUGGUUUUGAGAACGUUGUCAUUUGAGUGGCAAAUAUGCCUUCAGAGAAAUUCCACUUACGUGCCUCAGCUGGCAAAAUAACUGAGUCUAAUCUACUCCUAGAAUCUCUCCUUAGAAUUAAUUAAUUGGAUGGGUUUUUCGGAGCAAAUUAAUGUAAGUAAUGUGUUGCUGCUGCCCAGCAGAGCCAGAACAGCACCGCGGGAAGCUGCAGCUGUGUUACAGAGCAGCGCUGCACUGAAAUGUGUGCGGAGCGUGGCGUGUGCUGCUCCUGCGUGGGUCAGUGCAGCAAGGAAAGCCGCCUGCUUACGUUCUGCUGUCCGUGCUCCUACUGCCCGUGAAAAGGCUGCUCCCCACUGGUGAGUCCGAGGAAUAGUCGCCAGAUGUCGUCCUGCUUAAAACACGUCUGAAAUGUUGAUGCUUCUGUCCUGGGCGUAGGAGCAGUUUGGGCCGUUGUCAUCAUCCCGGGGUGUCGCCAGGGCUGGGUUUUUGGAAAAAGUGACACCGUGUUUGAGGAGAAGCAGUGGAACAGCUCUGGUAGGAACUGGAGCAGGCGCAGCUUAGGCGUGUGAAAAUGAAAGUUACUGGUAAUGAGCAGGCAUGUAAUUGCAGCAGAUUUUGAAUAAUAAAUUCAGCUUAGUCUCGAGACAAUGGUAUUUUUUGGCUCAAAAAGAAAAAGGCGAGAAAAUUUUUGGGUUUCUUUGGUUUCUACCACAGUACAAGUAAGUGCAUACCGCAAAAGUGAAUAGAGCAAAUAAAUCUGCACAGUAGUAGUUAGUUCAUAGGUGAUAAUAUAGAUUGUUAGAAAACAUAGCACAGAAUUAGGACAGUGUUAAAAAUUUCUGGAAUGCAAUAAAAGGGAAAUGUAUCUUGAAGCUGAAAUGCUGGCAUAACAGCUAAAGGAAAAGCAAAUGUUUGAUUGUGGAAGAAAAAUACGAGGAUAGAGAGGAGAAUAGCAAGACUGUAAAAGAAAGGAACAAAUGGGGGCAGAGUGCCACUGAAGUGCCAUUAAGACAAAGCACAGGAUAACGUGCAGAGCAUUGCUGAAAAUAGCACAGCUGAUGUGGUUUUGUGUAUUUUGCGUGCAUGUGGGUAUGUGGGCAUCCGUGUCGGGGUCAGGUGUGAGAGCCAUCCCCAGCUGGAACGUGGCUUGGAAGCGGGCACGCAGGGCGCAGUUCUGUGUCACCUCGGUGACUCGUUGCCCAAACCUUCCGCGCUGUUACCAGUGGGGAUUUAGCUGUCCCACUUACAAAAUAGCUGUUCAGUGCGUGCGUGGCUUCAGCUGACAGCCUUUUAUAUCACACUGUAUAGAAUUUGUUCUGCUGAAGCUGGUGAAAGCGUUGGUAUUAUGUGCUACAAGCCCACAUUUUUCUAAAGCAGUAGUGAGGUGUCGAGUUGUUUUCCUGUUUGUGUUGAGAACCCUUUUUAUGGCAGCUCAAAGAGAUGAAGGGGAAAUGAAGACACUUUUUUUUUCCUGAAGAAAGAGAUGUCCUUUCUGUAACUGCUCUGUUGUUUAAUAGGAUGUACCUGUUCUACCAGAUCCUGUAUCAUCAACUCUUUUCCCAAUCUCACUGAAGAAAAAUACUCCAUUUAAAAAACACAGCUGUGAAUUUGUGAGUGAGCAAACAUGUUCAUGAGGGGAGAUGGAAGAGAGACUCCAUCUAUUCUGUAGCCAUCGUGUCUUCACUGUAUGAUGAUGAGUGAGUGGUAGAAAAGCUUUUAACAAUAAAUGCUUUGUUUCUUUGUAA